AUGCAAUCCUGUCGAGCUUCUGAUCUCGACAGCAUCGACCGGGCCAAGUCCGGGACCGAGAGAACUGUACCUGAACCUCGGAGUUUAUGCGACUCGGAGGCCAAUCCGAACCCCACUAUGAUUGCAUACUUCCAUCCCUCGAUGUUCUUUAAUUGUGUCGAAUCGCCUCUGUCGUUGUCAAAACUUCUGCAUUUCUAUAUCUCUCUCACAGGCAAUAUGCAUGUCCUAAUUACUGGCGCUGCAGGUUUUAUAGGCCAAUUGCUUGCGAAGAAGCUCCUAAACGACCCCUACUACAAUGUCACGUUGACUGACAUCAACGAACCCCCGAUUCCAAAGGGGGUAAAAUAUCCGCAAAAUGCGCGCGCAGUGACUGCCGACCUUCUCACUGGCGUGGAUGCAGUGGUGGAUAAGUCGUUAGACGCUGUAUACGCAUUUCACGGCAUCAUGUCUUCUGGCUCGGAGGCCAACUUCGAGCUUGGUAUGAGUGUCAAUGUGGACGCCACACGGAUCCUCUUUGAAGCUCUCCGUAAGACCAGUCCGGGUGUCCGAGUUAUCUACUCCUCUAGUCAAGCUGUCUACGGUCAACCGCUUCCUGAGGUCGUAAAUGACAGUGUCAUCCCCACUCCCCAAUCGUCAUACGGAGCGGAGAAGAUCAUUUGCGAAACCCUAGUGAACGAGUAUACGAGACGCGGUUUUAUCAACGGAUUCGUCCUUCGCUUCCCUACAAUCUCCGUGCGACCGGGUCCCCCCACGGCCGCUGCAUCCUCUUUCCUCUCCGGGAUGAUCCGUGAACCGCUGGAUGGGAAAGAGUGCAUCAUUCCGCUGGUGGAUCGGUCCUUUAAAUCCUGGGUGUGUUCGCCACGGACGCUUGUGCACAACCUGGUCCUCACACUUUCGUUACCAGCAGACGCGCUGCCUACUCAUAUCCGACAAAUCAAUGUCCCCGGUAUCUGCGUGACGAUCCAGGAGAUGAUGGAUGCCCUAGAAGCAGUUGGAGGGAAGGACAAACUGGCUUUUCUCAAGGAGAAGGAGGAUCCGUCGCUCAAGCCCAUAUUAGACUCAUGGCCUACUCGAUUCGAUAAUACCCAGGCGAUCUCCCUGGGAUUCAAGCGAGACACCUCGUUUGAACAAGCCGUCAGGGACUACCAGAUGGAUAUAGGGCAGUGA